UUUCAAUUUUCGAAUUAAAAAAAAAAAAAAUCUGUUUUUGUUCUUUUAAUUCGAUGGCUGAAUGCAAAAACCAAAAUUUUUGCGGCGCAAAAAGACCGGCCACCGGUGAAACCGACGAGAAUUUGAUCUCGAAGAAACCAACGGCCAUGAUUUCGUCUCUCCUAGAGGAUCCAGCGGCUGCGAUUGCAAACACGCGUCACGAAUUCGGUGAGCACGGAGGGGUAAAUAUGUCAAUUGAAGCCUCUGCCACAUUCACCGUCAUGGAACCGGAGACUAUGCAGCGGUUGUUCGCCGGCGAGCUCGGUCCUGAACGAGACUUCUUUAUCUACAGCCGUCAUUUUAAUCCCACCGUCUUGAAUCUCAGCCGUCUAAUAGCUGCUCUCGAAGGCACCGCCGCUGCCUACUGUACUGCCAGCGGAAUGUCCGCCAUCGCCGCUGUCUUCCUCCAGUUACUCGCAAGUGGGGACCACGUCGUAGCGGCUAGAACACUCUACGGUGGAACCCACGCUCUGUUGGCUCACUUUUUGCCGAGAACGUCGAAUAUAACGACGUCGUUUGUGGACAUAAGUGAUUUGGAAAUGGUGGAGAAGGCGAUUGUGGAAGGGAAGACAAAAGUGCUUUAUUUUGAAGCGAUUGCGAAUCCGACGUUGGUGGUGGCGAACAUACCGGAAUUGUGUCGGAUCGGACAUGAAAAAGGGCUGACGGUGGUAGUUGAUAAUACGUUUGCGCCGAUGGUUCUGUCGCCGGCAAGGCUCGGUGCUGACGUGGUUGUUCAUAGUAUUUCUAAGUUCAUUAGCGGCGGUGCUGACAUCAUUGCAGGUGCGGUGUGCGGGCCAACGAAGCUAGUGAACUCAAUGAUGGAUUUGCUACAGGGAGGCUUGAUGCUUUUAGGACCAACCAUGAAUGCAAAGGUGGCAUUCGAGCUCUCGGAGAGAAUCCCUCACCUGAGCCUGAGGAUGAAAGAGCAUUGCAGAAGAGCAGCGGUGUUCGCGGAACGAAUGAAGAAGUUAGGGUUGAAGGUCAUAUACCCCGGGCUACCAGACCAUCCACAACACCAACUAAUGAAGAGCCUUGGGAACUCGGAGUACGGGUGCGGGGGAAUAUUGUGCUUGGACAUGGGGACCGAGGAAAGGGCGAACAAGCUCAUGAAUGUACUCCAAAACACUACACAAUUUGGGUUCAUAGCAGUGAGUUUAGGGUACUAUGAAACUCUAAUGUCGUGUUCGAGUAGUAGCACAAGUAGUGAACUGAGCGGGAAUGAUAAGGAAUUGGCGGGAAUCUCACCCGGGCUCGUAAGAAUGUCCAUUGGUUAUAUGGGGACUUUGGAGCAAAAAUGGAGCCAAUUUGAGAAGGCUCUAGCCAAAGUGCAAGAUUUAGGGCUUCCAUUUUGCAACAACAUUUAAUUACAAAUCUUAAACCCUAAUGUAUACAUAGUUGCUUAUCAAUAAGAUCUUAAGGUAAUAAAUAAUUAUUUGCCAUUUA